AUGGCGCCAUUAAUGUUCUCCUUAAGAUUUAUGUUCUUCCUUUCUCCCGUUUUGUUCCUCAUCAGCACUCAAUCCCUUGCUCAGCCGCCUGAUUUUGGAGGCAUUUGGUGUUUCAACGAUAAAGGCAACUACACCACCAACAGUACCUACCAGACAAACCUCAACAUCCUUCUCUCUAUUCUUUCUUCCCCCUCCAACAACGGUAAUGGCUACGGCUUCUACAACUCAUCCUACGGGGAAAACCCCGACCAGGUUUACGCAAUCGGGCUAUGUCGAGGGGAUGUCACGGUGGACAUUUGCCGUGGCUGCCUCAGCAACGCCACACAACUGCUCACACAGGUCUGUCCCAAUCAAAAGGAAGCUUUCGGCGUAUUUGACCAGUGCAUGCUUCGCUACGCCAACCGCUCCAUCUACGGAGCCAUGGAAACUUUCCCUCCUCUCAUGUGGUAUAACGUACAGAACGUGUCCUCCGACGUCGAUGGGUUUUUUCAAGAGCUGAGGACGCUACUGGAGGACCUAAGGGAUCAAGCUGCAGGGAACGGUUCACUUCGAAAAUUUGCGGCAGGGACCGCAACUGCUCCCAACUUCAAAACAAUCUAUGGACUUGCGCAGUGUACGCCGGAUUUGACCGAGCAGAUCUGCAGUGAUUGCUUGGUUAGUUCUUUGGGAGAUAUCCCAAAAUGUUGUCCGGGAAAGCAAGGUGCUAGAAUUAGUAAACCCAGCUGUGAUGUUAGGUAUGAGACCUAUCGCUUCUUUGACCCUACAACUAUCCGACCAUUGCCGUCUUCUCCGCCAGCACUGUCUAGUCCUCCUCCACCGUCAACAAGUACAGGAGGAUCCAAGUGUAACAUAUCUCGGACUGUCAUCAUUAUUGUUGUGCCAAUUGUUGUUUCUGUGGUACUAAUAGUUAUAUUCUUCUGUAUUUGUUUAAGAGUAAGGACACAGAAAAAACUUGAAACUAGGAAGUUAAUUCAAGGCGGCGACGAAACAUAUGAAAUUGGAUUUGCAGAAUCCUUGCAAUUUGACUUGGCCACCAUUAGAGUUUCCACAAAUGACUUUUCUGAAGCAAAUAAACUUGGACAGGGCGGAUUUGGAUCUGUUUAG